AGCAUCAGGAGUUUUCAGUAUAACUUCCGGCUUCCUUGUCGUAGAGGAAGCAACAAGAACCAUGUAGAGAUGACAAGGAAGCAUGACAUGGCAGUUGACCUCUCGGUGUCAAAGUAAACAGUCUAUUGUCACCUGGUAACUAUUGCACACAACUAAAUCACAAGAAAACAUGAGUCAAAAACCUGGCAGCAGACAAGGGUCAUUUACCAGUAGACCCCCACCACCCCCGCCUCCGGUUAUACCCCCACCACCAGGAACCCCUCCUGAACCCAGAUCUAACCCCCCUCCCCUACCCACAGGGGCUAGUGCAGCACCCCCCUUGGUGCCAAGGAGGAGAGAGUCUUUAGACACUAACAAUACAACUGCAGGACAAGGUUCAGGUCCAUUGAAUGAUCGUCCUCUAACUGGAAGUCCAAAUAUAUCAAGUCGGAGUGCUUUUCGAUCGGUGUCAAGCAACUGUGCCUCAGUGCAAUCCACGUCGACAUCCAUGACCUCUCCUCCCCCAAGUUACAUAGCUGGCAGUGUUGGAGGUGUGGGGAGUUCAAGCCCGGCUACCAGACCAGCCAGUGCAUUCAGCACUCUGCCCACCAGCUCCCCAAGUCUUCCCUCACGUCCUAACACUAACACCCCAGAGUCCAUGUCAUCACAACCCAGUCUGAAAGCCAGAGGAGAGGAUGCUGCCACUCUAACACGGACAAUGGAGUUACGCCCCAACCUGAACUUGGUGCCCAAAAAUCAAGAAUCCCACAGUGUCGAUUCUCGUCGUGAGGACCUGAGAGGAUCGUGUCUGUAUGAAGCGAAGUCCCUUACCCAGGAUGCCUUUAAAGUCCUACACGAGUUUUACCAAUCAGGUCAGCUGUGUGACCUUGAACUAAAGGUUGGGGAGAAAGUGUUUAAGUGUCAUCGAGUUGUCCUGGCUUGUGUGAGUAAGUAUUUCCGAGCUAUGUUCACGUCAGAGAUGGCAGAGAGUAAACAAAAUAGAGUGACCAUCCAGGACAUUGAUGAGUAUGCCAUGGAGCUGCUGAUCAAGUUUGCCUACACUGGCAAGGUUCUCAUAACAGUAAACAAUGUCCAGCCCAUGUUGUAUGCGGCAUCCAUUCUGCAGGUGGAGGCAGUGGCAAUUGCAAGUAGCGAUUUCAUGAAAACACACAUGCACCCCACAAACUGUAUCGGUAUCAGGCAGUUUGCUGAAGCUCAUGGUCGCUCUGAACUGAUCAAAAUGGCAGAUAAAUUUAUACAGGACAACUUUCAGGAUGUCGUGGAGGUUGAAGAAUUUGUGUCCAUGACAACAGAGCAUUUGGAAUUAAUUAUAGCCUCUCCAAACAUCUUUGUUGAAUCUGAGAUCCAAGCCUACGAGGCAGUAAUGAAAUGGCUGAUGCAUGACUUGGAGCACCGUAAGCAAUAUCUAGCCAGGUUAAUGGCUCAUGUGAAGUUUCCUCUUCUGCCAGCCUCGUAUCUGAUGGGCAAAGUGGAGCAGGAGCCCAUGAUGAAGAAAGAUCUGGACUGCAGAGAUUAUAUUGAUGAGGCCAAGCAUUACCAGCUGUUUUUGUCUGGUGUUUAUCCCACUGUUAAACUGUCUGAAAGAUUACGACCACGGAAAAGUUGUGCUGGUGUUAUGUUCUGUGUUGGAGGGCGUGGUGGGACAGGUGAUCCAUUCAAGUCCAUAGAGUGUUAUGAUUUAAGGAACAACAGGUGGCUGACCAUCAGUGAGAUGACCACCAAGAGGAGACACGUGGGUGUGGUGUCUGUAGAUGGUCUCCUGUACAGCAUAGGUGGUCAUGAUGGUAAUGAACACCUGAACAGCUGUGAGGUGUUUGACCCUGUGACUAAUAAAUGGAAAGCCAUUGCUUCUAUGGCAACAUACAGGCGUGGUAUUGCAGUGGCUUCCCUGAAUGGUCCAAUAUAUGUUGUUGGUGGUCUUGAUGACUCUACCUGUUUUAAUCAAGUGGAAAGAUAUGAUAUCCAAUCAGAUUCCUGGAGUUUUGUUGCCCCGAUGAACACUCCAAGAGGUGGUGUUGGUGUAGGUGCUCUUAAGAACAUGCUGUAUGCCGUAGGUGGGAACGAUGGCACUACUUCUCUGGACACAUGUGAGCGCUAUGACCCACAUGUGAACCGAUGGACAUUUGUGGCAAGUAUGAAGAAGAGACGAGCAGGAGCAGGGGUGGCAGUCCUGGAUGGAUAUCUCUUUGUUGUGGGAGGGUUUGACGACAACUCUCCCCAGGACUCUGUGGAAAGGUACGACCCUGUUACCAACACGUGGGAGGUUUUAACUGUCAUGUCACGGCCACGAGGUGGCGUUGGUGUAGCUGCACUUGGUGGAAAGAUUUAUGCGGUUGGCGGUCACGAUGGAACCAAUUAUUUGAAUUCUGUGGAAGCCUUUGAUCCCAUUUCAAACAGCUGGGAAGCUGUAGCUAGUACCCAGGUAUGCAGAGCUGGAGCAGGAAUGGCGUACUCUGAAUGCAAUAUAUCAGUCAUGCAAGAAGGAGGGCAGUCCAUUAAUGCUGCUUUGUGAUUGGUCAGUCUAGGAUGACAGUCCGUCAAUGCUGCCUUGUGAUUGGUCAGUCUGGGAUGAUGGUCCAUUAAUGCUGCUUUGUGAUCGGUCAUUCUGGGAUGACGGUCCAUUAAUGCUGCUUUUUGAUUGGUCAGUCUGGGAUAAUGGUCGUUCGAUGCUGCUGUGGUCAGUCCUCCUGUAUUGGGUUUUGAUC